GUUAUGACCGAUUUUUCACAAGACUGAAAUAAUUUUGAUUGAUGAUUAUAUAGAAUGGUUCUCAAUGGAAAAGCAUUGAGGGACACUUCUUUUUCAUUGUUGAUAUUUUCCAGAAAAUAUUUUUUAUCUAUGUACGUGCUGAUUGUACAUUUUUAGAGAAUAUUUCAUUGCAAUUAAUUUCAGCACAAUAUUCCAAAAAGAUAGAUUUACUAUUGUUUUCAUUUAUUGUUACACAAUUAGAUAUGUCUGAACAAGAUGUAUCAACGCAAACAGAUUAUUGUCAGCAACAAGCACAAGAUUUAUAUCAACUAUUCGUACCAGAGAAGAAAAAGACAGACACAAGCACAGCAUCAGCGCCAGUUCCAUCAACAAUAGCAGAACAAAAAGAAUUAAAAAAAUUAUUUCAUAUUGAAUUAAAUAAAAAUUCAACAAUAGCUAUUAUUUUAGCCUCAAAUACAGUACACCAAUGGAUACAAAAACGUUCAAUUAAUUUUUAUGGUACUCUGUUAUUUAAAACGGAUACAUUAGGAUGUAAACUAGUUGUUAAACCAAUGCCAACAAGUUUAACUUAUUUUAUACAACAAGCAUUAAAAUCGCAUCCGGUAUUUCAAAAUUCUGUAAAAAGAGUUCAACUUCAAGGUGAUGUGUCUAUUGUUGAAUUAACAAACCAGUCUGUUUAUGAUCAGUGCCUACAAAUUGGACAAUUACAAAUUCAAACAAAUAACAAGAAAAUGCUAACAUUGCAAAUAGAACCGUAUAGUUUCAAUAGUGGUGAUCCCAUUGGUGUGGAUAUAAAUGUUGAAAAUUGGUAUGGUAUCCGAAUGAAAGAAGCAACACCAGAUAUCUUGCAAUUUAAUCCUCAAACACAUUUUAUUUUUCGUUUAAAAUGGAAUUCUAAAAUUUGGCAUGAGGAAUUUAUGAAGUUUAAAAAUGAAGGUCGUCAAAGUCCAACAUUACAUAUGUUACGUGUGACAGUUAUGUUAAAUACAAUUGCAGCAAUACACAAUAAAAAAUAUUUUCUGGAAAAUAUCAACAAUGAAAAAGAAGUGUCCCUCAAUGCUUUUCCAUUGAGAACCAUUCUAUAUAAUCAUCAAUCAAAAUUAUUUCAGUCUUGUGAAAAAUCGGUCAUAAC